AUGUCUUGCCCAUCGCCUUCACGACAAGAAACAAAGACAGGCCCGACCUGCAAUACAUGCCAAUAUAGUCGCGAAACCAGCGAGGAAAAGCCCUCAGAACGCCAGAGUGGAAACAGAAGCUCGCCAAGUCAUCGCAAAAGAGGCGUUUGCCAGCAUGAAACCAAUGGCCAGGAUCAUAGUGACGACGACGAAGUCCCGGAUGAGUCCAGAAGGAAGAAAUCGCGAAUCCAAAGUUCAACGAUUGACAAGAAUGAUAAUGGUCUCAGCUUGGCCUGUCCAUUCUACAAGGCAGACAAACGUACCCACAACCGGUGCUCUUUACUACAGCUGAAUAGGAUCAGAGAUGUGAAGCAGCAUCUGUAUCGGAAACACAUGCAGCCUCACUACUGCUCUAGGUGCGGUCGACAAUUCGAGACACAGACUGAGGAGAGGUGUCACACAAGACAACAAGACUGCAGCAAGCGAGCCAACCAACCGCCCGACGGCAUCACUCAUGACCAGCAGAAGGAGCUCAAGGAGAGGGUAGACCGCAAGCUCGCCGUGAAGGAGCAGUGGUUCGCUGUCUGGGCCAUCGUAUUCCCCGGUAUACCUCCACCAGACUCACCCUAUGUUUACAGCCCUACCCGUGAGGUGGCAACAAAUAUGCGAAACUACUGGCAGGAAACCAAAGCGGAGAUGCUUGUCGACCAUGCUGAUGGCAUGCCGGGCAUUGCCAGGGAACAGAUGAUUAGCGGUUUGAAUACGUUCAUGGAAACCUUCUUCAAUCGGUUCAUCGAGGAACACAGCUCAGGUGCCGAGGGAGAGCAAGUUUCGGAUUCAUCCUCGGAUGGUAGCCCAGGAACAGCAUUUUCCUCUAGGAGGUUGCCGGCUAUCACAUCACCAAGCAGAAGUCAAAGGACCUUAUUCGAAUCUUUUCGCGACCUGCUUUCCGUCAUGAGUGGUGCCGCCAGCGACCAUGUCAUGGUAGACGACGGUCCGCUUAUCGCCGACUAUUCAGUGGCCAUGGGGGAAACGGACGGGCAAUGGGGGUUUUCGUCUAGUGAUGAUGCUUAUGGUUGGGAUCAGUUCCCCGCGAGUGGCCCGUUCUUCCAUGGUGAUCCUCCUACUUGA